GGAGAAAAAGAAAGGACGAAAGAUUCAGAAAACAAAAGGAGCAACAAAGGAAAUUUCACCCUGCAAGAUGGGCAGCUACCCAACCGCCGUGCUUCUGUGCUGUUUCUAUGGAUUCGUCGCUGUCUGGGCCCAGGAGACAGAGCUACCGUACUUAGAAAAUGGGGAAACAGCAUCAGACUGUAGGGAGGAAAUGUAUCCAUGCACUAGGAUGUACUCCGUCCACCGCCCUGUAAAGAGAUGCAUCCACUCCCUCUGUCUUUACAGUCUUCCUCGAGUCUACGUCAUCAACAAAGAAAUCUGUGUGAGGACUGUGUGUCAGCAGGAGGAGAUUCUGAAGGCGGAGCUGUGCAGAGAGAAGUCUGGGUGGCCCAAACGAGUUGAGAGGUCGACCAAGAAGCGCUGUUGCCAUGGAAAAAAUAGAACAUGGGCGAGCAAGGACUAAAGCAAA